UUCUCGUCUUGUCUCUGCUGUGUUAAAGAACGAAGCGUUUUUUUUUUUUUUUUUUUUUUUUUUUAACUCUGUAGAACAAAAGAAAGCGAUUGUUCUUCUUCUUCUGCUGCUGCCCGUGAAACUGAAACAAGACUGUAAACGAAAGGUUUGGAAACUGUGAGCUCAAGGUCUUAUUCAACUUCUUCCGUCACACCGAAAACUGUUUAAUCAGAAUGGUGACAGUUUUGGCUCUGAUGCAUCAGUAAAUCGUAAGCAAAUAGAGGAUAAAGAGGAUUCAACAUGGGAGAACAACUGGAUCCAUUCUCCGGUUCGAAUCUUCCGGAUUUCAUAACUUCACAAAAGAUCGGUAGACCGGUUAACCUGGAAGGGCAGAUUAACCGUGGACACCCUUAUUCUGGCCUCAAGAAGAGAGGCCAGUCUAGUCGUUCAUGGGUGAAGAUUGACGAAUAUGGGAACUCAACGGUUUUAGAGCUCGACAAGGCAACUAUCAUGAAGCGUUGUUCUUUACCAUCCAGGGAUUUGAGACUUCUUGACCCUUUGUUUAUCUACCCGUCGAGCAUCUUGGGGCGUGAGAGAGCGAUAGUGGUCAGCCUUGAGAAGAUCAGGUGUAUUAUCACAGCCGAGGAGGUUAUUCUCAUGAAUGCUCGUGAUGCAUCCGUUGCUCAGUACCAGUCCGAACUGUGCAAACGUCUCCAGUCAAACCAGAACCUGAAUCUCAAAGAUGGACAGGUGAAUGAGCUUGAGAUGGAGGUGUAUCCUGUUCUUGAUGAAUUAGCUUCGAACAUCAGCACGCUUAAUCUAGAACACGUGCGCAGGUUAAAAGGUCGCCUCCUUGCCUUAACGCAGAAAGUUCAGAAGGUUUGUGAUGAAAUAGAGCAUUUGAUGGAUGAUGAUGAUGAUAUGGCUGAGAUGUAUUUGACUGAGAAGAAAGAAAGAUCCGAGGCUCAUGGUUCAGUGGAGCUAGAAGAUAACCUCCAUGAGGAAUUCGAAUCUUCUGGAAUAGUUUCCAAGUCUGCGCCGGUUUCACCUGUUGGUUCAACAAGUGGAAACUUUGGGAAGCUUCAAAGAGCCUUUAGCAGCGUCGUUGGCUCACACAGAAGCUUGUUAAGCUCCUCGAGCAGCGGAGAGAACAUCGAUCAACUAGAGAUGUUACUAGAAGCCUACUUUGUCGUUGUUGACAACACUCUCAGCAAAUUAUCAUCGCUGAAGGAGUAUAUAGAUGAUACAGAGGAUCUGAUCAACAUUAAGCUGGGGAAUGUACAGAACCAGUUGAUUCAGUUUCAGCUGCUUCUCACCGCAGCAACCUUUGUGGCAGCCAUUUUUGCGGCCGUAACGGCAGUAUUCGGGAUGAAUCUGCAAGACUCUGUUUUCAAAGAUCCGGCCAUGUUCCAGUGGGUUUUGCUUGUAACAGGUAUUGGGUGCGGGUUUUUGUAUUUUGGCUUUGUGUUAUACUUCAAGCACAAGAAAGUAUUCCCUCUCUGAAACUUUUGUUAGAAAGAUACAUGACUUACUCUUGUAAAGAUGAACGACUAAUGAUUUUCACAGUUUCAAACUGAGUUUAGGCUUCUUAAUCCAUAUAGUGAUAUAACA